AUGGCAUCGCUCAAUGACGAUGGAAAAGGCCGCGCGACGUGUUGGGCUGACCUUCUGCCCGAGCUCCGAAAGCGCAUUCUCAGCUCCCUGCCGCCCAACGAGGUGGCUUGCAACGUCCGCUUGACUAACAAGGAGGCUGCUGAGCAGUUUCGAGGUUACGUGAAAGUCCUGCUGGCAGAUGCUACGCCGCAUCACGCCUUCGCGCACCGAUGGGGCGCCCCUGGGGCCAUGAAAAGGCUGACUCUUGAGAAACGGAGUCAGCUCUGUUGCCUCACGGCGCGCAGUGGAUGUCUGGAUAACCUGCAGCUCGCGGUCAGUGCUGUGGGCUGCCCGUUAAAGGAAGAUGUCUUCUAUGCCGCAGCCGCGGCCGGCCAUCUGGAUAUCUGCAGAUGGCUGGUUUUGCAAGGAUGCCACUUCUACUGGAUCACGGCAAUUGAGCACGCCGCUAGCCGUGGCCAUUUACCAAUCGUCCAAUGGAUACUGCAGCAAAUCGACUGCGACAGCGAACAAAACUCACAAUGCUCACAAAAGCAUCUGCAGCGCCUCGUCACCACUGCCUGGGUUGCCGCAGCCAGCGCGGGCCACCUUACCUUGUGCCAGGGCCUGCUCGCAGAUGGCUUUACACCUUGCAAGGAAGCUGUGUUCGCUGCCGCUGGAUCCGGCCACGUAAGCCUCACAGCUUGGCUCUUGUUGCAGCUCUCCCCGCUUCUCCACCCGUUCAUCGCAGCCGACGAGGAGAUCCUGCUGUCGCGCGCCGCUUACGGUUUCACCUUGCCCGCCCUCAAGGUUCUCGCGACCUCCCGACCAGGAGGCCAGGAACGGAUCCUUAACUCCCCCCGGCUUCGGCUCCAGGCCCUCAUCAGCCCGACCCCUGAUUGGCGCGUGAAAUUGGAGUGGCUGGAGGCCGCGACUGCAGCCGCCGCAGGCGACUCCGUCCCCGACCUAUAUCAACACGUAAAUUGGAGCGAGCUGGUCCGCCAGCCCGACAGCAUCACCCGUGUAGAGAUGCUGCGCAAGCGCCUGUCGGUGGAUACGGAGUCCGAUGCGUUGCUCGCCGCCGCUGUCUGCGCCGCCAAGCUUCCGCUCUUGCGCUACCUUGCAGAAGCAGGCAUCCAUUUCAUUAGCGCGGAAGCUAGACAGGAAGCGGAGAAGGCGGCGGCGGCACUCGGAGAUGUGACUCUUCUGAGCGUCCUACCGACGCUGUCGUGCCGUAUCACGUACCGCACGGCCUACGUGGCAGCUGCAUGUGGCCACCUCCACGUGCUGGAGUGGCUGGAGGGACCGGGGGCAUGUCUGGGCGGCAAAGCAGCGCUUGAAACGCUUCGCGAGGUUUCGGAGAUGGUAUCGGUGGCGGCGGCGGCGGCGGGGAGCGGUAGCGUGGCGGUGUCUGAGUGGCUGUGGCAGCGGGGCCACCCCAUGACCGCGAAGGCAUUCGCGACAGCUGUGGCUGCGGGCUGUGAGGAACUCGUGGUGGCGAUGGCGGCUCGUGGAUACCCCAUGACCUGGUGUUGCCUCCGUGCCCCUGACAAGCGCGACUUAGCUUUACGGGCGUUUUUCUGGCUUUGUGGGAUGCAGAGUGCUGGGUUCGAUCCCUACCUUGUGGCUGGGGAGAACCAAGACUUUUUGAUGCUCAGCUGUUUGAGGCGACUGGGUUGUCCUUGGGACUCGAAGAGCGAGACCUUCACGCGGGCUGUGCUGGACCUGAGGUCCCCCUGCAAGUCCCGGCCCUGCAGCCUGGCAGUUCUCAAGUGGCUGUUGGCGGAGGGCUGCCCCGUGGACUGGCGCGCGGCGAAGGAGGCGGCGGCUCGACGGGAAGACGAAGAGGCGGAUAUUGUGCGGGGGUGGGUGCGGGCACAGGCGCGUGCGCGUCGCGGCGGAGUUAUGAGGAAGGUGGUCACCCUUUUGAAGGGUACUAAGCAAGAGGGCAGCUAG